UAUUCUUUUUAUACACAAAUCAACUAAGAAAGUAAGAGACCGAAUCAACCAUUGAAGGUGUAUGAGGCCUUACCGUGUUAGCUGAACAAUUGCAAGUCAACGACAUGAACAUCGACCAAUUCAAUUUCAAAAUCUUAUUAUAUCAGUUGAUUUGGUCUAAGACAAUAAGAUCUGAACAAAGAACAGACAGCAUCUUUCUAUGCCUAACCUGUAUGAAGCUUUCCGAAGAAGUAAGGUUAUUUUGAACCUCCGGGGCAACUGGAAAUGGAAGAAGAAGAAGAAGACAAUCUAGAAACAGCAACAACCAUUAAUAUGGAUAUGAUAAGCACCAUACCGGACUCGCUUCUCUGCUACAUCCUUUCGUUCCUCCCAACCAGAGAUUCUGUUGCCACUAGCAUCCUCUCUCGCCGGUGGCACCACCUUUGGAAAGAGCUUCAAGUAUUGCACCUCGAUGAUGGUCCCUUUUGCACCCCUGAACGUUCAGCAGAGGAAAUGGAUGAGUGUUUUAUUGCUUUCAUCAAUGCAGCUCUAUCCCGGUUUCCCCACAUCAAGAAGUUUCGCCUCUCCUGCGAGGUACUUUGCGAGGAUGACUUUAGAUCUUAUAUCAAUGCUGUCACUGGACCCUACCUUCAAGAACUGUUUGUCUCUCAGAUGUAUUCUCUUGAGAAUUAUGGAGUCCCUUGUGGAAUUUUCACUUGCCCUUCACUUGUGUCCCUCUGUUUAAAAGGUUAUAUUUCCAUCGAAGAUGAAGAUCUUCAAUCUGUUCAUUUGCCAUCCCUCAAGAACCUAGAGUUGGAUGUCAAAUACGUGAAUGCCGACAAGAUUUUAGGUUGCUGUCCUGUUCUUGAAACUCUUAAGCUCACCCUGGAUCGGGUUGAAUUUCCUACAAUCCGUAUGCCUAUUAGUACAUUGAAGAGAUUAACUUUUCAAGACGACUAUCAUGGCGAAGUUGUUGAGCAUUUGGAGAUAGAGACCCCAUCUCUUGAGUACCUUCAUGUCUCGUUAUGGGGUCGUUACCUCCGGUUGUCAGUUACUGAUUUUCCAAACAUGGUGGAAGCACAUCUUGAUCUUUGGAGUCAUCAAGAGGAUGAGCAUAUUGGUUGGAUACCUGAGCUUCUCAAAGCAGUCUGCAAAACAAAAUUACUAAGGUUGGGAUCUUCAAUAACCGGGAGCUUGCUUUGUGCUCCACCUAUAGACUUUCCCAAAUUUGGUUGUUUGCUUCAUUUGCAACUUCGCUUUGGAUCUUUCAAAUCUAGAUUCCUACUAGACUUCCUUCAUUGUUGUCAUAAACUUCAAGUUCUCAUUAUUCAGAAUGAACUUCAUGGUCAUGGUCCUCCCUUGAACCAGAAAUCAAUGUUACAGCCAACCAGUGUUCCUAAUUGUGUUACAUCACACUUGAACACUUUUGAAUUUGGAGGAUAUGAAGACUCUCUAGAAGAGCAUGCUUUUGUUGCAUAUAUUCUACAAAACGGCCUUGUUUUAGUGAGAAUGAUGAUUCAUACUUAUACCAGUUAUGGUGAAAAGAUAAAAGAUCAUAUUUUCAAGGAAUUGUCUAUAGUACCAAGGGGCUCCAACAAAUGCCAACUUACAGUUGACUGACUAAUCAGUAUAUGCUGAUGUGUUCACCUGAAUCCUCAACUAGUUGAAGCUUUUCAAUAUGUCUACAUUCAAUAGGCUACACCAAACCCCACCAUUGCUCCCGCAAUGCAAUGUGUAGUAGAUACUGGCCAACCAUAGUAUGAUGCAAUCUGCAUUGCACAAAACCAUAAAAUAAAUACCAUUCAACUAGUGGAAGUGGAGAAGACGAAUAAGUGUGCCACAUUAGUUCAGCGAAGCAAGGGAGUGCCACAUCAUCACUGUGUCUGCCGACUCAGCAUCAGAAAGGGAUCUAGAGAUCAGUAUGGUGCCUAAAGCUCAAUUUUGACAAUCACUAUAAUAAAAGUAGAAUAUGAGAAACCAAAUUAAUAAGAGUGAUAAAUUUCAUGAAAAUUUAUUGCAAUAUUCUUACUAGUUACUGCUCACGCGUUGGAUAUGCUAAUUUCGAGUUGUUUGAAUGGAUAUUGAAUUGUGCUUCCCUUGAAUCCCUUGUUUUAAGACGUUUUAUUUCUUUAUAUUAUAUUCCAAAUGUCCAUUUGCCAUCCCUCAAGAACCUAGAGUUGGAUAUAUCCUUUGUUAACCUCGAUGACAUUUUAUCUGGUUGUUCAGUUCUUGAAAAUCUGAAGCUCGCUGUACAUAGAGGAUUUCCAGUUGAAGAUAUUGACAAACCUUUUAUCCAUAUGCCUCAUUCGUUGAAGAGUUUAACCUUUAAAGAGAAUCAUUGUCAUCCUGCCCUGCUAAGGUUUAAUGAUAUUGAGCAUCUUGAGAUAGACACCCCAUUUCUUGAAUACCUGAAUAUCAAUUUAUGCACUUCUUGAGCUUCUUGAAUACCUGAAUAUCAAGAAGAUAAGACUGUUGGUUGGGUACUUGAGCUUCUCCAGGCACUCAGAAAAACAAAAUUGUUGGACUUGAAACUUUCCACUACAGUGGUAAUAUUCUUCUCGCAGUUCCAUUGUCCAUUGAACAUAAUGUUUGAUGUAACUUUUUAUUCCAAUUUUGAUGAAUUGUGUUAUGUUUCAA